AUGUCUUACUACUUUGUAAUCGUUGGCACUCAAGACAAUUCCAUGUUUGAAUAUGAGUUUGGAACUGCAAAGCAGGGCGGGGAUGGUAUAGCACGUUUUCCCGAGCAGGCGCGGCAUAUGAACCAGUUUAUUGUUCACAGCAGUUUGGAUAUUGUUGAAGAAGUCCAAUGGGGUACUGGUCAGAUGUAUCUAAAGUGUGUUGAUAGGUUCUACAACAAUCAUGUUUCGUGUUUUAUCACAGGCGGAAAUGUCAAGUUCCUCCUCCUCCAUGCUCCAACCCAACUUGCGGCCACGAACACAUCUCGGACGAGUACAUCCAUCGCUGCAAAUCCCACUUCACCUCAAACGGAAGAGGCAAUAAAGCAAUUCUUCGGUGAAAUUUAUGAGAUUUGGGUAAAAGUUAUCAUGAAUCCAUUUUAUCAAGUAAAUAUGCCAGUCAAAAGCCUGGUUUUCAAGUCUAGAGUAGCAGCUGCCGCAAAGAAAUACCUUUGA